AUGGAAAAUUUUCAAGAUGGUGCAAGAGUGCAUCUGUUAGUCGUGGACGAGGCCGGAGACACAACCGGGAACGGAACCUGGCCGGAAACUAAAAUUGAGGUGAGGGAUCUAACAAAAGUUGCAGACAAGGGUGUUGCAAUAUUGAGCAAAGUCAACGUGGAUAUCCCCAAAGGUGUGAUUAUGGGGAUCAUAGGACCAAGUGGAAGUGGAAAGUCGACGUUUUUGAGGGCACUUAACAGAUUAUGGGAGCCUCCUUCUGCUUCUGUGUUCUUGGAUGGUGUAGAUAUAUGUGAUCUUGAUGUACUCAGUGUUCGCCGGAAAGUCGGGAUGUUGUUCCAGCUUCCGGCUAUCUUUGAGGGCACAGUUGCAGAUAACAUCCGAUAUGGACCACAAUUGCGAGGAAAGAAACUAAGUGACAACGAUGUCUACAAGUUACUCGCUCUUGCUGAUCUUGACUCUUCUUUCUUCGACAAAUCUGGGGGAGAGUUAUCUGUUGGUCAAGCUCAAAGAGUUGCACUUGCUAGGACCUUAGCUAAUGAGCCCGAGGUUUUGCUACUUGAUGAGCCCACGAGCGCGUUAGAUCCAAUAUCGACUCAGAACAUUGAAGAUGUACUUGUAAAGCUGAAGACAGAUCGAGGAAUGACUAUUGUGUUCGUCUCUCACAGCAUCAAACAAAUCCAGAGGAUUGCUGAUGUAGUUUGCCUUCUUGUGGAUGGUGAGAUUGUUGAAAUAUUGAAGCCCGGGCAACUUUCCGAGGCUACUCAUCCUACAGCACAAAGGUUUCUUGAGCUCAGUUCUUGA